AAGCCCCUUUCCAAUUCUUGAUCUCUUGGUUUGUUCCUUCAUUUCUUUGUCUGCGCUCUACACUUCGCACUUUCUCUCUCCCUCCCUCGCUCUCCCGGUCCGUCCCGUUUCCAUGGCCUCCCUUGUUGGAUCAUCAUCUUCCUCUUCUCCUUCAAACCUCCUUCUCAGACCUUCAUUGCCCUCUUCAUCACUCUCCGCCUCUACGCAAUUCUUCCUCCCCAAUCCCUCCCCAACUCCCAAAACCCUACCUUCCAAGCUCAACUCUGCGGUCUUGCCGUCCUCUUUCGCGGUUGUUGAAUCUUCCCCCUUCUGUCCCUCCCUUUCUCUUCUUCCGCAUUCGGAGUGUCCUCCUCCCGCCGGCAGUCCCUUGUCGUCCGAGCAGCCAGAGGGAAAUUCGAGAGAAAGAAACCACACGUUAAUAUAGGCACAAUUGGUCACGUUGACCAUGGAAAGACUACUCUGACGGCUGCUCUUACCAUGGCUUUGGCCUCUAUGGGAAAUAGCGCGCCAAAGAAAUACGAUGAAAUCGAUGCAGCACCGGAGGAAAGAGCCCGAGGGAUCACGAUCAAUACUGCUACCGUGGAAUACGAAACUGAGAGCAGGCACUAUGCCCAUGUAGAUUGUCCCGGACAUGCUGAUUAUGUAAAGAAUAUGAUCACCGGUGCGGCGCAAAUGGAUGGUGCUAUUUUGGUUGUAUCGGGUGCCGAUGGGCCAAUGCCUCAGACCAAAGAGCACAUUUUGCUGGCGAAACAAGUGGGCGUGCCUAAUUUGGUAGUUUUCUUGAACAAGCAGGAUCAGGUUGAUGAUGAUGAGCUUCUUCAACUGGUGGAGUUGGAAGUCCGAGAGCUUUUGAGCAUCUAUGAAUUCCCUGGUGAUGAUGUACCUAUAGUUUCUGGUUCGGCGUUGUUGGCUUUGGAGGCACUGAUGGCGAACCCAAAAAUUAAAAGAGGGGAGAAUCAGUGGGUGGAUAAAAUUUAUGAGUUGAUGGAUGCUGUUGAUGGCUACAUACCAAUUCCUCAGCGACAAACUGAUUUACCUUUCCUCAUGGCAAUUGAAGACGUGUUUUCGAUUACUGGUCGGGGUACUGUGGCGACAGGGCGCGUUGAGAGGGGUACAGUUAAGGUUGGGGACUCAGUGGAUAUAGUGGGUCUCAAGGACACCCGGACUACAACAGUUACUGGGGUUGAGAUGUUUCAGAAAAUACUUGAUGAAGCGCUUGCAGGUGAUAAUGUGGGGCUUUUGCUUAGGGGUAUUCAAAAAACAGACAUUCAAAGAGGAAUGGUUAUUGCCAAACCCCGCACCAUUACGCCACAUUCAAAGUUCACUGCUAUUGUUUAUGUGUUGAAAAAGGAGGAGGGAGGGAGGCAUUCGCCAUUCUUUGCUGGAUACAGGCCGCAAUUCUACAUGAGAACUACUGAUGUCACUGGGAAGGUUUCUAAGAUCAUGAAUGAUAAGGACGAAGAAUCUAAGAUGGUUAUGCCUGGGGACCGUGUGAAGAUGGUCGUGGAGCUUAUUUUUCCAGUAGCUUGUGAACAGGGAAUGAGAUUUGCUAUCAGAGAAGGUGGGAAGACUGUCGGAGCUGGUGUCAUCCAAUCCAUCGUUGAAUAACUUUGUUGUGAAUUUUUGGUCAGUGAAAUUUGUGAAUUUUUGGUCAGUGAAAUUAAUUUAUUUUGAUGUGAUUCGGUUAGUAUGAUUUCUGCAAUUUUACUGUGUUAUUGUUUAAUGAUGUUUCUGUGGUAAUAUAGAUUGUUCUGCUUUGUUGUAACAUUUUGCUGGGUACCUGGAAUGUUAUUUCAGGCAUGCAUUCUAAUUUUUUGUGAAGUAACAUUUAGCUCUAGGCAGUUUCAAAGGGUUGCAGGAUAAUCAAUAAGAUGAUAAAUAUACUGAGAA